UGGGGAUCUUCACAAGAUUUGGGAAGGAUCCUUAAACGUUGUUUAUGCAAUUGAAAGAGAGAAAUGGAAGAUGACGACAAAACUAGAGAGCAAUGCAUCUUUUUUUAAAUAAAAUAAAUCUUUUCUAUGGUGGAGGUUGUUGGGAACUUGGGAGGUGCUCCGAGUCCAAUAUUCGUCGGCCUUCUUCCUACUUCAUUCUGGACAAUGACGCCAAUUUACGUAUAAUUUAUUCAUCAACAAACGUACCCAACUACUCAUCGCACCAGUUUUUUCCUUCUUUAAAUCGUGUAAAAGCUGUCAGGAAAGGGAAAUUCAGAAGCAGGGCAAGAAGGCGAACACCAAUUUCAAGAGAUGUCUCUUGCAUAUUAGACCCGCCUCUGGUUCUCAUGCUAUUCCUUAUUCUUCAGAAGUCAUAUUGAGACAAUGGCUGAGAUAGACAAACAUCAGAGCCAAUAAGUGUGAGUAGGCUAAUAGGCUGCAAAGGAUACUUGGGAGGUAAAAUUAGAGCCAUCUACUUGCGUCACUUUGAUCAUAGUGCUGAGAGAAACAAAAAGUCCUGCCUGAUGUUGAUAGCAAAAGCUCCAAGUCAAAUAUCAUGCCAACAACCAUCUGAAAGGUUUGUUCCUGAAAUAGUUUCUUCUUCUGUACUGGAGAUUAGAUCUGAUCUCACUGGCAUCAAAGCCAAAGUUCGAAAGCUUGUUGAGGAAUUGACGAGCGAUUCACUUGAAACUCUAAGAACAACUACAGCUGAACUACGGUUGCUUACCAAGCUUAGUGUAAAAAAUCGCAGGGUAAUUGCAGAUUCUGGGGCAAUUAGCCUUUUAGUUAAUUUGCUAAAUUCUAGGGACACAAAGAUUCAAGAGAAUGCUGUUACAGCACUUGUGAACUUAUCAAUCGACAAUGAUUGCAAAACUAUGAUUGUUCAGGCCAAUGCAAUUGAACCUUUGGUUAAGAUCCUUCAAACUGGCAGCCCAGAGGCAAAGGAAAACUCAGCUGCUACUCUUGGUAGUCUUUCAGUGAUUGAUGAUAACCAGGUUAACAUCGGGAGGUCCGGGGCAAUAGAAGCUCUGGUUGACUUGUUGAGGGAUGGCACGCCUCAGGGAAAGAAAGAUGCAGCCACUGCACUGUUUAAUUUGUCAUUGCUUACUGAAAACAAGGCCAAGAUUGUGCAGGCUGGAUCUAUCAAGCAUCUUGUGGAGCUGAUGGAUCCAUCUGCUGGAAUGGUUGAGAAGGCAGUUGUUGUUUUGGCAAAUCUUGCAUCAGUAGAUGAAGGAAGGAUUAAAAUCGUACGUGAGGGUGGUAUCAGUUUGUUGGUUGACACUGUUGAGUUAGGUUCUGCCAGGGCAAAAGAGUAUGCAGCUGCUGCAUUAUUAUGGAUUUGUGCAACCGCUAGUAGAUUUUGCAUUAUGGCAAUCCAAGAGGGAGCUAUCCCUCCAUUAGUGGUGCUGUCACAAUCGGGCACAACGAGGGCCAAGGAUAAGGCUCGGGCAUUACUCAGUUGCUUCAGCAGGAAUAAACUCGUAUGACGAUGCUGGAAGUCUGAAAGAGUACAACUUUAAACAAGGUUCCAGAGGGCACACAAGUGCACUGUUGGCAGCAGAGUCCACAAUACUUCAAGCACCUGUCCUUCACCCCGGCAUUUAAACAUCUUACGCCACAUUUCGAAUCACAAAGACCUUCAAUAUAAAACAAACACACCCACCCACCAAAAGAAAAAAAAAAACCAGAGAGAGAGAGAGAGAGAAGAG